UGGUGGUGAGCGGCUGCGCGGAGCAAGCAACUUCCUUUUGUGGGUGGCGGCGAGCGCGGAGAGGACGCCAUGAAGGCCUCGGGCACGCUGCGAGAGUACAAGGUGGUGGGACGCUGCCUGCCCACCCCCAAAUGCCACAUGCCACCCCUGUACAGGAUGCGCAUCUUCGCCCCCAACCACGUGGUGGCCAAGUCCCGCUUCUGGUAUUUCGUGUCACAGCUCAAGAAAAUGAAGAAGUCCUCUGGGGAGAUUGUGUAUUGCGGACAGGUAUUUGAGAAGACACCACUGCGCGUGAAGAACUUUGGUAUCUGGCUGCGCUAUGACUCCCGCAGUGGCACACACAACAUGUACCGGGAGUACCGAGACCUAACCACCGCAGGAGCUGUCACCCAGUGCUACCGAGACAUGGGCGCCCGGCACCGUGCCCGUGCUCACUCCAUCCAGAUCAUGAAAGUGGAGGAGAUCGCAGCCAGCAAGUGUCGCCGGCCUGCCGUUAAGCAGUUCCAUGACUCCAAGAUCAAGUUCCCACUGCCUCACCGCGUCCUGCGGCGCCAGCACAAGCCUCGCUUCACCACCAAGAGACCCAACACCUUCUUCUAGGCUGGGAUGUCCAAUAAACUCGCAGAGCCUGC